AGUUUCUCCAUUCUUUCUUUUCACCCCAAAUUUCAACUACUUGAGCACACGUCCGUCGUACAGAAAACUCACAAAAGAAUUUAAAAAAAUGCCAGCGCUGUUCUUCAUCGCGCGCUUUCUGCCGGUGCUGCCAGCCGGCUCACCAGCAUACACACAUAUUCACCGCUUAUGCACCAGCGGAGCCGCACCGCAGCAGCCGGCACCGACGCAGCCCGCAGCGGGUGGUGCGGUAGGCAUUGCUGCAGCAGCCUCAUCCGCGUCGGCGCGCACCUCUCCCACCCCCUUCGACCUCGGACUCAACUUUGCAACGAUGGACUUCGAGGCCGUCGCAAGGGCAACGCACACCGCCAUUGCCCGCGAACGCGGCGUCGGCGUCUCGGCGCUGAGCUCGCAGCGGGACCAAGAGUUUGACGCCAAGCUGGAGCGGCAGGGUGAGCAAAGCACGGUGCAGCGCGUUAAUCCGCUACCCGUGGUGUCUCCCGUGCCACAAACAGCGCCGAAUGUCGGUUUUAGCACGUCGUAUCACAACAACGUAGCACAAACUACUAUCGCUGCUGCUGCUGGUGGUGGUCGUGGAUUUGCUCGUGAGAGCCCGGUGACAGCAACUGCAUCGCGUAGGGGAAACGGGAGCAGCGCACACUACUCUCUGCACGACAUGCUGAAAGACUGCAUGAUGGACGGAAACUGGGCGAAGGCCUAUAAGCUCUUCACCAACGCCGUAAACCAGGCGUGCCGUCAGGUGUUGAUCCCAACCAGCCGCGGCCGUGCAGGAUCUGGAGCAGCCUUUCCAGCUCAAACGUCGUCGACGAGUGAACAGGUGGACCCUGCACGGGAGGCGGAGUGUUUUGCGGCGUUGAAGAAGAUGCUGGUAGCCCUGCCACCCGCCACGUCGGCGCGCCGUAUCAACAUCAAUAACCUGCGCGGCAUCGCGCGCUGGAAUGGUGCGCACUACUACAUGCUGUGGAAGUGUCUUUUAGAGGCUGGCCGUCUGGAGGAGGUGCUGAAGGUGUGGUCUGUCAUGCAGCAAAUCGGCUUUGCGGGGUACCAAAUGGAAGAGAAAACUGGCAACACCCUCAUGGCGUUGUUGCGGCGCACGUCGCGCACGUUGGAGCAGGCGACCACGCAAAUGGUGUCCUCCACGGUUCGCAGCGCGGAGAACUUCACGGCGCGCGUUGAGCGGGAGAAGGAGAUUCGACGUCAGCUCGUGAAGGAUCUGGAGCAGGUGGCGACCACGCGUCAUUUCCACCUCAUUGGGUCAAAUAGGCGUACGGCGGAGAGCAUUCGCAUUGCUGAGGCACUGCAACGCGUGGAUGAUGAAGGAGAAGAUCCAGGUGACGCGGACGGCGCCACUGCCGCUGCGUCAGUCGAUCCGGAAGAAUCCGUUAUUGCGGUGGGCGACUUCAACGGGCUGCUGCGCCGCUCCCGCGCUAUGGAGUCAUCGCAGCGGGUGUUACGCAUGAUGGCGAAGUUAAACCUCGAAAUGGAGUCGUCGACCUUUGCCAGUCUCAUCGCGUCUCUGCACAAUCCACAGUACGUGUUGGAAGGGCACACCGCGGAGGAGCUGCAGUCACACGUCCCUGCCAACUCGCCGCCUUCGCACCACGGCACGAACGAAUCGACAAACGCGACAGCAGCAACAUCUCUCUCCGAGCGAGGUGAUGCGGCGGACAAAGUGGAGGGCAACGCGGACACGAAAUCGCAGUACGAGGCAUACAAGCAGGAGCGCGUAGAGACGGCGCUGCGGUGGUUUUUUCAGUGUCCGAAGCCGCGCCGCGAUGCGGAUGUGUACAACGAACUUCUUUACCUCCUGCGUGCCAAGUCGCACUGGAAAGACUUCGACAGGGCGCUCGUGGAGCUCCGUGGCAACGCGGUGGUGUCGCCAGACGAGUGGCCGGAGACAACACCCGAGAGAAGUUCACCGGCGGUGUUGCCCGGCUGCGUGUCAGCGGCAGCGACGUCUGCAGGCGCUUCUCCUUCCUCGUUGCAACCGCCUCCACCAACGGAUGCCUCUCCCGUUAUCUUGCCUCCAAGGUGGGCUACUCCACCAAACGGCAAGACCUAUGAGCUGCUCAUCCAACGUGCGCGCUACGUGCACCAGUGGGACGUCAUGUGGGCCCUCUACGAAGAGAUGGUGUCCGGCCGUGUACGCGGCACGACUCGGUUGUAUGAGGUGCUGCUGAGCGAGGCGUAUCGUCACCCCCCGCGCACAUUGCACGGUGUCAUGGUGAAAGGCAGUGGCGAUGGCGAGUCGUGCGAGUCCUCAGAGGUGCUUUUACGUCUCUACGAGGAGCUGCGUCGCAACGGUGGCGAUGUUCAUUCCUUGAAGGGCGUGAUGAGUGUUGUGAAUGCGUGGAGUAAGUCUCGCGCAAAGAUGAACCGCUGGGAAUGA